UGAUAACAUAUCCAAGCUAGGAUUAGGAGUAUAUAAAACAGCAUCAAUGUGAGACUUCUCACAAGUCACAACCCCGCCUGAACUGAAUCUAGUGUAGUGAAGACAGGAGUGGCUAAACUGCAUCCCGGAAAUGCUUGGGAGGAAGAAAGGAUCGUCGUCCAGGUUGAGUGAUCCCAUCAACACGACUGUCACUACUGAUAACGGCCAGGAAAUGGCUGCUUCGCAUUUCAUCUCGCAGCAGGCUUCACAGCUCGAUGAGGCUGCGAGGAAGAGACUGCAAAGAAUGAACGAGAGGCUGAAGUUGCUGGAGAUGCAGAUGGAAACACUGGAGGCUGGCGUCGCGAAGGCGAGCAAUGACUCCUACGAGUAGAGAUGUUUAGCAAUCUUUGUUAUAGACACCAGGUUUGGUGACAUGCAAGCAAAAUUAGAUGAUAGCUUGAGUAGUUUUACCUGAACUUGCAGCAAAUCACCGUCACCUCGUUGUAGAAUUCCGGAUCUGUUUCAGGUUUCAGCGCUUCAGUUUUGUUCUUUCACUACGAGCCAAUAAGCUUUAGUGCAGAUGUCAUUCAAGUUUUCUGCCA